AACAAGAACAUGCACUCAGAUAGCAACACAAUCGUAUUUUUUGUCUGUACGAAUGUAAAUAAAUAAUAAUUUCAAUUUUAGUGGAUUUUCAACAACAAAAAUACAAUUCGAAACAAAUUUUGUUCGCAAAAAUAAAGUGUAAACCAAAUUCAGAGUGAAUGCACUUGAAGAAAGAUGAAUUUGAGCAAAAAACAUUUGUCGUCGAUCUGGUGAAUUUGGAAAAUCAUUGUGGAAAAAGUAAGAGAGCCAUUGCGAAAUCGUAAUGUUCAUCUGGUGGCAUCGAAUUUGGAACAAAGACUCAAAUAAACAGCAACAUAAUUUUGAUACAAAUGCAUCACAACAACGACAUAAUCACAUAGAUAAUAGCAACCGAACAAUAAUUCCACAACAUCACGAUCAUCAUCAGCUGUCAUAUUCUGUCCAUCACAAUUGUAAAAGCCAAUCAAAAUGCAUCAGAAAAUCUCGAAGUGACCACUCGUCUCGGAUGAAUUUAUUUUGUUUGGUCAUCAUUUUAAUUCAUUGUUUCAAUGUGUUUGUGCUUGCGAUUGGAAGUGAAAAUUUGGGCAAUUCACAACCACAACCAUGCGAUCGAACACGCCGUGUAUUCACUGAAUUACAAGGUGAAAUUAGCAAUGGACCGCCUGGCUACAACUAUACACAAGAUUCACAUUGCGAGUGGUUGAUUGAAGCGAAAAAUGACAGCCAAUUUAUCACAUUGAAAUUUCAUAGUCUCGCUACAGAAUGCUCAUACGACUAUGUAUUCGUUUUUGAUGGUGAUUCAUAUAAAUCUCCGUUAUUGGGUAGUUUCAGCGGCAAAACGGAGCCACAACAAGUUGUGGCAACAUCAGGAAGUAUGCUAAUUCUACUCUAUAGUGACACAAAUUAUGUGCUAAAUGGUUUCCAAGCUGAAUAUUUCAUUAGCAAUUGCCCGAAUAAUUGCUCAAAUCGUGGUAAAUGUGUUGGGCAUCAGUGCGUGUGUAAAGGCGAUUGGAUUGCAAAAGAUUGCAGCAUACACGCUUGUCCCGACAGCUGUGGAGUUAGCGAAGGUCGUGGAAUUUGCUCCAAAGAACAUUGCCGUUGCAAAAAUGGUUAUUCUGGGAAAGCGUGCAGUCUUCAUAUCGACAAUAAUAUCGGAAAUGAAUGGCAUUAUUUAGCCAGCAGUUACAGUGGACUAACACCACGGGCAGCUCAUUCGGCAAUUUAUGUACGUGAAACGGAUUCAUUUUAUGUAUACGGCGGUCAUGAUUUGAACAAUGUUCUUGGCGCUUUGCAAAUUUAUCGCUUUAACAAAAGUACGUGGGAAGAUGAGUUGGGAAUUUCAUUGCGUAGUCGACACUUUCCGGCUGAAUGGGAUAAUACACUGCUAAAAGCUAUUCUCCAUCAAAAUGAAGAAGAAGCAAGACUAUGGGGAUUGGGGCGUGACGCUUCGUUCUUCCGGAAUAUUUUACUUUCAAUUUCAGAUGAAAAUUUUUUACGUCGUCGGCAACGUUCGCCAAAACGUAGUUCAAAGCUUCCAUUAAAUUUAAACGAAUCACUAACGAAUACGGAUAUUUCCGAAUUUUUGGAAGAAUUAUCCGAAAAAUCACACAUUGGACCAAUGCAUCGAUACGGUCAUGCAGCAUGUUCGAUUUCAUUGGAUGGCGGGGGUUUUGUCAUUUCCGGCGGUAGAUUGGAUGAUGGCCGUUUAUCGAAUGACUUAUGGAUGUUUAAUGCAUCGGCACAACAGCCAGAAGACUAUUGGAUUUUGAGAGCAACCAACUCAUCAUUUCAAAUACCACAACUUACGCAGCACACCAUUACCCUGGCCGGUGAUUAUUUAUACGUUUUUGGCGGAACUUUGAGUAAUGGCCAAUUUUCAUCAAGAAUUUUUCGCAUAAAAUUGAUGAACGAUCCAAAUGAAGAUCAAUGGGAAGAAGUACAUGCACGUGGUGGCAAAUCUCUAGAUGUACGCGUUGUUGCUCACACUUGCAUUUAUCAUGAGGCCACAAAUUCAUUGUAUGUGUACGGAGGAAUUUCUGUGAAUGUAGCACGUUUUUCAAAAUUGUCGGAUCGAAUGUUUGUGUUUCAUUUGGACGAUUUGCAUUGGACUGAAAUACACUAUCCACGAAUGCAACUGCGUGAUGCAUACAUUCCGAGAGAACGUGCAUUUCAUACGGCAAACGUAGUGGGCAAUUAUAUGAUAAUCUUUGGUGGUUAUACCCAUCGACACAAUAAAGAGGAAAUCUGCUAUGACAAUCAAAUGUAUUUGUAUCAUUUGCGAUGUCAUACAUGGAUUGAUCCGGUUGUAUUGGGUAUGAAUCCUACACAACGGUACCCAAAGAAACAAGGUGUUUUUGCACACGGCGCCGCCGUACGAAAUGACAACACACUACUGAUUGUUGGGGGUUAUCAUGGGAAUGUAAAUGCUGAUCUGCUAGCAUACACACUACCACCAAUGCUUCAAGUCCGAAAGAGUGAACGAAUUUUCGAUCCAGAAAAUUAUUGUCACAAGCAUAAUGCUAUCUCGGAGUGCUUGGCAGAUUUGGAUUGCGGUUGGUGUAGCACUGACAAUGUCUGCUAUGGCCGAACGUUUGGAGCCAACUGUACAGCUAAUCUGCAAACUACACGGUGUCCUGGAAUUUGCCCUGCCCUGCACGACUGUCACGCUUGUUUGAUUCAUGGAAGUGAGAGUUCGUUGGAGAAUGAUCGUGUUCGGUCAUUUGCGAGUAAAUUUGGACUGAAUCAAUGUCAAUGGUGUGUGCAAAAUGCUCGAUGUCAUCACAAAGAUAAUUAUGGCACGUGUGGUUUUGGUGAGGACACUCCAUCACAAGAAAUGGGUUGGUGGGGUGCAAAUGGCAUCGAAAUCGAUUCAGCAAAGCAAUGUUCGCUCAUGGAUCGGCGACCCGGUCUAACAUUUUUAAAUUAUUACUCACCGGUAAAUUUCACAAUGCCCGAUCGUGUGAGUUUUAUCAAUGCAACAAUGGUUGAUUUUGCAACACCUAUUGCAACUACAAAAACUGAACACGAAAUACAUGGCGAUAUCGUUGCUCGCCUAUACGGUUUCAUUCGUCCACCGAAAAAAUGGAUUAAAUCCGGCGAACAGUGGCAUAUCUGUGCAAGUAACUCAAAAACAAUUCUCAACAUGAGCAAUUCAAUGAGUGGAUUCAAUGACUAUCGUACAAUGGCCAAUUUAUCAGUAGAAAACACACAAUGUGAAAUCAUAAAUUGGGAGAAAUUAAUAAUAGAUAAUGCUGAUUUGGCCAACGAAACCAUUUUAACCGAGCGCAUUUUAAUCGAUCUUCAAGCCAAUCGUAGUUUAUUUAUGACCGGUACAUCACAUCCGAACUUUUAUCAUGCACCAAGCAAAAUUGGUUUACAACACAAUGGUACACACGAUAGCAGUUAUUUCACCUUUGAAUAUCUUGAAACCUAUUCAAAUGGAAAUUGUGAAUCGCUAACAAAUUGUUUACAGUGUUUAUCGGACUCCAUGUGCGGUUGGUGUGAUGUGACAAAUAAAUGUGUGUUGCGCUCUUCUUCGGAAGAACUUUGUGCACCCGAUAAUGCAACCGAUUGGAAAUAUUUCAUUAUUGAACCGACGCAAUGUUCAAAUUGCUCGGAUUUCAUCACAUGUGGACAAUGUAUUGAUUCGAAUAUGUGUGAAUGGUGGCCAGAAGAUGCAAGAUGUGAACGAUACGGACGAUAUGAGCAUGCAAUUAAAAAUGCGGAACAGUGUCCGGCGCCGUGCAAUACCCGAGAAAGUUGUUCAAGUUGCUUGGAUGAGAGUGGCCGAUGUGUAUGGUGCGAAACGACUUCGACUUGUUUUAGUUUUUCCGUAUAUACCAGCGAAUUUCAGUUUGGAUUGUGUCGCGAAUGGAUCGAUCAAGCCGUUUCAACGGGCGAUAGCAAAGAACUUCCAAAACAAAAAUGUAAAUCAUGCGAAUCAUAUUCAAAUUGCUCGACAUGUUUGCAAAAUUUGAAUUGUGGCUGGUGUUUUGAUCGUGAUCAUCCAAUAAAAGGAAAAUGUUUGCAAGGCGAUUUCAAUAGCAGCGUUCAAAGUUGUGAUGAUGUUUUACAUAGUUCGGGCAUGACGAAAAUUGUUCCCGGCGAAACUGAAUGGGCGUACGCACAAUGUCCAGACGUUGAUGAAUGUGGAUUAGGGUUGCACGAUUGUCACAAAGAAGCCAAAUGCACUAACACGCACGGCUCGUACAAUUGUUAUUGUAGACGUGGUUUUAUUGGCGAUGGAAGAACAUCUUGCGUACGUACAUGCUACGAACAAUGUAUCAAUGGUUAUUGUUCAGGUGCACCCGAUUACAAAUGCAUAUGCGACAUUGGAUGGACAGGUGAAUCAUGCUCGAAUUCGUGUUUAUGCAAUAAUCAUUCGACGUGCGUUAAUGGGCCUGGUAUUUGUGAUAAAUGUGAACAUUGGACGGAGGGCGAUUCAUGCGAAAAGUGUCGAGCCGGUAGUUUUGGCAAUGCUACAUCAGUCGAAAAGAAAUGUCGCCCAUGUCAAUGUAAUGGUCACGGAAAAGAAGCGCUCGGCAUAUGCGACAUUCAGACGGGUGAAUGCUUUUGCGAACAUAAUACUGAAGGCAAUAAUUGUGAAAAAUGUAGUACAAAUUACUAUGGAAAUCCCGUGAAUGGUGGUCAAUGUUUCUUCCAGUGCGAAUCAAGGGGAAUGUUAAAGAGCGUUGGUCUACAAGGCAUCGGAUCAUAUCAAUCACAAAAGAAUAAUUUUGGACCUGAAGUUCGAGAAUGUUUAUGGAUUGUUAGUCCGCACACUUCAUCAGGCCAGCACGAUAGCGAUAAUUUUAUACAAUUCGAAAUCAUACGAGAUUCAUCGUUUAAUGUUUCAUGCAAUGAAAAUGCAGUUUAUGUUUAUGACGGUUUACCAGACCUAAUUGGUCACACACAACAACGGCAAUUGCUCAGCGUCUUUUGUUCUGAAGAUACGAAAUACUAUAGAGUUGAAGCACGCUCUGGACAUCUAACCGUUCAUUAUAAACAAAGUGUAAAAGGUCAAGGUUUCAAUGCCAUUUACACCGUUCAAAGUUGUGCAGCCGGUACUUGUUUACCGCCCCGAGUGUGUAAAGAUGGACAUUGUACAUGUGAAGAUGGUUUUAGUGGACCGGAUUGCAGCAUCGAAAGAUGUCCGAGAAAUUGUAGCGAAGCAUUGAAUCAAGGAAAAUGUGACAAUGCCUAUGGAAGAUGUUUGUGCAAUAAAGACUUUGGUAACAACGAUUGUUCCGUCCAAUUGAGGUAUGAGAAAAGUGUCAUUGUUACGGACCUAUUUAAUACGUUAUUAAUUGAUGAUUCGCUGGAACAUUUGCGAAAAACAUUACCACGCUUUGGUCAUUCGUUGCUCAGUGAUAAACGAGGAAAUCUUUGGAUGUUUGCCGGUUAUUCGUUGCAUCAUCAGGCUCUUAAUGAUAUUCGACAAUUUGAUACGAGGAACAGUAGUUGGAUGCAGGUCACUGUUGACUCUACGCCCGAUGCAAAAAUGCCACAAGGUCGUUAUUUCCAUGCAGCUGACAUUCAGCACUCAAAACAAGUUAUCUACAUUUAUGGUGGCAUGACAGGAAUGUCACAUAACAAUGCAAGCGAAAAGGUUUUAAAUGACUUUUGGAAAUUUAGUAUCAUCAAUCAGAGAUGGCGUGAAGUUGAAAUUGGAUCAAAUAUUAGACCUCCACAGUUAACCGGCCAUACACUAACACUGACAAGAGAUGGCGAACACGAUAUUCUGGUAUUGAUCGGUGGAUUUUCACCAAUGAAAGGCUUCUCACAGCAUACGUACGUCUUCAAUUUGACAACAGCGCAUUGGAGUAUUUUGGACACAUUUGGUCAGUCACCAAUCGGUAUCUACGGCCAUUCGGCCGUCUAUCAUCCCCUAUCACAAAGUGUGUACAUUUUUGGCGGAUAUUUAUUUUACAACAAUGAAAAAAUCGGAAUGUCAAACAAAUUGUAUGCAUUGAGUGUUAGCCAGAGAACAUGGACUGAAAUUGCAAUUUUCAGCGGAAUAAAUCCGGUCGAAAGUAAUUUACCACGAGCUCGAGCCUUGCAUUCGGCCGUAUCAACGGAUAACUAUAUGCUUGUGUAUGGUGGACGAACGAUGCCCGAAAAUUCAUCCGAUUCGCUUAUUGCAUACGUUUACAAAUGCAACAUGUGGGUGCGACUAACGGAAAAUAUUGAGAUGGUUGGCGAAUUGAAGCCAUCUUAUGCGCAUGGAAUGACAUAUGACUCCGAUGGUUCAGUGUACAUCGUAAGCGGUUGGGAUGGUCAAAUAAGCAGUCGUGUGAUUCGUAUUAAUUUACCGAAUGAUUUAUGUGAAUUGUUCAGUAGCAGAAAACAUUUGUGUCGACACUUUAUGGGCUGCAGUUAUUGUAUACUAAAACAAAAUGAUACGCUCGUUUCACAUUGUCAUGCAAAUGAACGUCUGGAUAUUUGCUUGGGUGAUGAGAAACAAAUCAAUAAAGGUGUUUCAUGUGAUGCAGUAGCUAUUGGAGGGCGAAUUUGUGGAACUUUCACCACAUGCGAAUCAUGUACAGCCAUUUAUCCAUACUUUAUGGAACACGAUUCACCGUGUCGCUGGUGUGGCGAUAGCAGCACUGGUCGCUGCGUUCCACUGAACAGUACAAAUUACUGUAGCGAUGAAUCAACCGAAAUUGUUGCAUCGAGUGGAAAAUGCCCGGGAAGUUAUUGUAACGGUGAUUGUGACAUUUGUAUGGAGCGUGGAUGCCAUUGGUUGCACGAUGAAAAUGGAAAAAGCUAUUGCGCUUCUGAAAUUGAAAUGAAUAGUGAAACAAAACAAGAAUCUCAUAUUUGUCCGCGUCGUUGUGAAACAUAUAAAAAUUGUACAGAUUGUUUGAGUAGUGAAAGCGAAGGUGGAUGCCGAUGGUCGACACAACUUGAACAAUGUAUUUCACCAAAUUAUCAAACUCUUUGGUGCGUUGGUGGCGUAUGUGGUUUGGUGUUGACACAGUCCGAAAUCUCUUAUUGCCCGGAACCAUGCAGUGCGUAUACACAGUGUCAUACGUGUUUAGCGCAUGCACAUUGUGGAUGGUGUGCACGUAAUAAUAAUACAGAAGGGGAUGGCGAUGGUGUAUGUACGGAAGGAUCACUCGAAAGUCCCAGUGAGUUCCCAGCCGCCUCAACCUGUGAUAUCAUUUAUGCAAAUCAAAAAAAUCUAACCACCAUUAAUCCAAACGAUGAAUUCAUAUGGAACUAUGUAACAUGCCCACCAGAGAAUGAAUGCAUAAACAAUCAUCACAAUUGUAAUCCAAAAUCAGAACGUUGUAUAGAUCGUUUAAUUGGUUACGAAUGUGAAUGUGCUGAUGGAUUUGAACCAGUUUCGGCAAGUAAAAAUGUGAUGGCCAAUAAUGUUUCGAAUACGGUGGAUUUCGAUAAAACGUGUAUUCCAAAAUGUACACAAGGAUGUGUACGUGGUCGUUGUAUUGAGCCUGAUAAAUGUGAAUGUGAUUUUGGUUAUGUAGGUGCAAACUGUAGCAUUGGAUGCUUGUGUAAUGGACAUUCAAAUUGUAAGGGACCCGAUCAACUCGACGUUUGUCUCGAAUGCAAAAAUAACACAGUCGGAAAUCAAUGUGAAAUGUGCGCACCACUUUAUGUGGGCGAUGCCAAAAACAAUGGCGAAUGUGUUGCUUGUAUUGAUUAUUGUCAUGGACAUACGGAUUUGUGCGUUGAAAGAGAUUCAAAUAUUACAGUAAAAAAUAUGAAUCAAAAUGAACUGCUCGCAACAUUAACGCAUGGCCCAACUCAGGAUGCACUUUGUUUGAAAUGCCACAAUCAAACGACCGACGAACGAUGUGAAGGAUGUAUUUAUGGCUAUUUUCGAGGAGCUGAAGAUCUUCGAUUACCAUGCAGAAAAUGCCAUUGUCAGGGCCAUGGUGACAGUUGCGAUCCGGUCACAGGCGAAAAAUGUAAUUGUGGGAAUAAUACAGAGAGCGAUACAACGUGUACAUCAAAUCGAAAUUCAGCCCAUCAAUGCUGGAUGCUUCAGUGUUCAAAGUGUCGUGAAUCAUAUCAAGGCAACCCAACAGAGGGUCAUCAAUGUUACAAACAAAUCACCGUCGAAGCAAAAAUGUGUUUUGAUGCCAAAACCAUCGAUGAAUGCAAGAAACCACAGCCAUUGAAAAAUGGCCAAACAACGUUUUUCGUUGUACAACCACGUUUCAUGAAUGUUGACAUUCGUAUCAUAGUAGACGUAACAAGUGGCGAACUGAAUUUAUACAUGAGUCCACAGGAAGAUGCGUUAGUUGUUGAAACGAACAAUGAAAAUAGUCAUCACAAUAUCUAUUUCGAUAGUAAAUACAGUUGGUUUGCCGAUUACAAUUCCGAAUUGAUUGAACCGAUAAGCAUUGCACGAAAAUCAUCAUCAAUUUUCUCAAAUCAUCAAUACGAAGGGAAUUUUUCGUACACAAAUUCACGACGCUUUUUACCCGAUAUAACACAUGAUUGCAGUCCAUUAAAUCUCAAUAGUUUAUUUGUAAAGGAUGUGCACGCCAAAGAGCUUAGUACAUACGUCACUCUUCAUAAGUGUAACACAAUGCUUCGUGUCUACAAUUUGAAGAAUCGUUUGGUUAUCACACUUCCACAGCAUACGCACAAUUUAAGCUCAACACGUUUUUAUAUUGCGCUUCGUGCCACAAACGGACCAGCCAGCUAUGGAUUGGUAUUUUUCCGCCAAGACCAGUUACACAUCGAUUUAUUUGUAUUUUUUUCAGUAUUUUUUUCGUGUUUCUUCUUAUUUUUGGCGGUGUGCGUGGUUAUAUGGAAGGCAAAACAAGCGGCAGAUAUUCGACGAGCAAGGUUGCGACAUGUUGUUGAGAUGUUACACAUGGCACGUCGACCAUUUGCAUCGGUGCAACUCAGUGUUUCGAGUACGAGCACACCGCAACCGUACACACGACGUGCAUUACGCGUCAAUAGCUCAAAGCAUACACUAAAUACAGGCAUUCGACCAUUGGCUGUUGAAAUGACUGCCGAUAAUUCAGCCGCCGUUUGCACUGUUUUUGUUCGAUUGCCCGGCACUGGAAAAUCACCAAAUGUUGCGUUGGCAUCAGCUCUGGUGCUAAUGAAUACUCGACAAUUCCCAGCUUAUCAGCGCAUUCCAUACAUUCGACGUCGACGAAUCUCAUCAAAUGGAUUACCAAGUCAAAAUCAAACACCACCGGGACCAUCAUCACCAUCUAAUCAACGUCCUUUGGCUACCAUUCAAUUACGACGUGAACGAAAUCUGAAUAUUAAUCAAGUAAUUUAAAACAAAAAAUUAGAAAAAUGUUUGAAAAAUCAACGGAUUGCUGUGCAACACAUCACAAACAUCGUUCCUCCGAUUAAUCUUCAAAUUAUGCCUAAUCCAUAUUAAGAUUUGGUGCAAUCAAUUCAAACAAAAAAUAGUGAAAUAUUAUUAUUAUUAUUUUUUUGAUAACUGACUAAAUGUGAUAUGUAGAGAAAAAAAAACAAUGUUGUAUAUGUAUAAAGAAAACUCGAAAUAUUUCAAAAUAGCAAAACGAAAAAAAAAAACAAUUGUAGUCGGCUACAAAUAUCACAGAAAAUUGAUAUUUUAUAUUGAAACAUAAAUUAUACAAGAAAUAUAAAUAAUAAUUAUUAUUAGAGUUUUUAAUACUACUAGAAUGAAACCGGAUAACGAUAUAA